AGUACAAAAAAUGUCAACUUGGCACAACUACUGAUCCAACUGAUGAAUUUACUUUAAGAUUUUUUUAUUGUAAUUAUUAAAAGAACGUGUUUGUUUCUUUUAGCUAAUAGCUUGCUAUUCCACCAGUGGUAAAUCAGCUAAGGGUAAAAUCAAUGAAAGUGCCGCUGAUGCAGUGCACGAUUUACACGUGGUGCCUUUGAAGUCUCCCCAAUUGGGUAAGAUGAUUGUCUCGUAUGUAGGUGAAAAUGCUGAAUUGGUCAACCAAUAUUUAUCCCGUGAAUUGGCUGUAGAAUUGACACCACAAGGUACAUUAGCUGAAAAAAUUAGAGCCGCUGUUGCUGGUGUACCCGCCUUCUUUACACCCACCGGUUAUGGUACUCUUAUCCAAACAGGUGGAGCUCCAAUUAAAUACAGCAAAGAUGGUAAAGUUGAAAUUGCUAGCAAACCAAAACCAGUACAAGAAUUUAAUGGCAGAAACUAUGUCAUGGAGGAGGCUAUGUUUGCUGAUUUUGCUAUUGUCAAGGCUCAAAAGGCUGAUCCCUAUGGCAAUUUGGUUUUCAAUAAGGCUGCCCGUAACUUCAAUGCCGCUAUGUGCCGUGCUACUAAAGUCACCAUUGUUGAGGUCGAAGAAAUUGUGCCCAUAGGUGCUAUUGAUCCCCAUGAAAUCCAUAUUCCUGGCAUCUAUGUUAAGCGUAUCUUCAAGGGUACCAACUAUGAGAAACGUAUCGAAAAGGUACGCAUUACUGAGACUGACUCUACCAAGAAAUCGGCUCCCACACCAGCCCAGGCCGUACGUGAACGUAUUGCUAAACGCGUUGCCAUGGAGUUCCGUGAUGGUAUGUAUGCCAAUUUGGGUAUUGGUAUGCCCGUACUCGCCUCCAACUACAUCCCUAAGGGCAUGAAUGUUAUGUUGCAAUCGGAAAAUGGUAUUUUGGGUUUGGGUACCUUCCCCACUAAGGAUAAAGUUGAUCCUGAUUUUAUUAAUGCUGGUAAGGAAACUGUUACCGUCGUACCUGGUGCUUCUUUCUUUGGUUCCGAUGACAGUUUUGCCAUGAUCCGUGGUGGUCAUAUGGAUUUGACUGUUUUGGGUGCUAUGCAAGUGUCGGCUACAGUGGCAAAUUGGAUGAUUCCCGGUAAACUUGUUAAGGGUACGGGUGGUGCUAUGGAUUUGGUAGCUGCUCCCGGUACUAAAGUGGUUGUUACAAUGGAACACAAUGCCCGUGAUGGUUCUCCCAAAAUUUUGGACUCCUGCUCUUUGCCUUUGACCGGCAAAAAUGUUGUUGAUUUAAUUAUUACCGAAAAGGCUGUUUUCCAAGUUGAAAAGGGUGCUGGUCUUACUCUUCUUGAAAUCGCUGAGGGUCUUACCGUUGAUGAUAUUACCGCCUGCACUGGAGCUAAAUUCAUUGUUUCUCCCAAUGUUAAGAAAAUGUAUCAAAUUGAUGCUUAAGAAAAUGUCUCAAAUUGAUGUAUAAUUUGUUGCGUACAUUUGUUUUCUUAGCCAGAAAAUGGACUGGUUCUAUUUGCUGUUAUACCUCAACCUCCUCCCCUUCGUUAAUAUUAAGUUAAAUACAAAAUGAAAUAUAAUUUCUUCUUAAAUUUAUAUUAAGUCGUACUAAGAUGUGAAUUGCAUUAAUAUUUCUUAAUCUACAAUGUAAAGUUAAAUUUAAGCGUGAUUAAAGAUUGCAUUUAUUUUAAUAUUAAAAAA